UAUAUAUAUAUAUAUAUAUGAAGAAAUAGCCACUGAAUUGUUUUGUUGGUGCAUUUGUGGGGAGAAAUUUGUCUGAGCAGCAUUCUCUAGUAUUCUUUAACAUUUAUAUGCAAAUAUACUGUGUUUACAAUCACUUAUUGAGUCUGUAAUAGAUACUGACAGCAAAAUAAUGUAACAAUUUUUCUUUUUUCUUUGUAUCAGAUGGAAUUUUUAAUUUCCGUAAUAAUGAAUGUAGUGCGCCACAGGCUUAUUCACCAAUGUGUUCAGACAUGUGUUAAAAAUGUUGGAGAUUGCCACUUUAACACGUUGCACGUAAAUGAGCUGAAAACAAAUGCAAUUUGUGAAAACACGCUUUGUCGCUGUUUCUAGAUGUAAAGUUAAAGAGCAGCUUUUUGUGCUAUUGUCAUGGUUCUAUCAUUUAUUUUGUGCCAUGUUUUGUGUUUCCCGUUUUAUUUUGUCAAGUUUUUUAGUUUCCUGGUUCGCGUGCCUCCUUGCGUUUCUGUCACUGUUUGUGUGUUUUGUAUUUCCUGUUUUAUUUUCUUAAGUUCUGGAUUUCCUGUCUUGUGCUUCCUUGUGUGUCCCUUGAUUGUUAAUUGGUGUCACCUGUCACCUGGUCCCACCUUGUCUCACCUCAUGAGUUUCACCUGUGUCUUGUCAUCCCUGAGCCCGUGUGUGUGUGUGUGUGUGUGUGUGUGUGUGUGUGUGUGUGUGUGUGUGUGUGUGUGUGUGUGUGUGUGUGUGUGUGUGUGUGUAGUCCUGCCUUUCCCUUUGUCCUUUGUCGUGUCAUUGAUGUUUUUUUUUCCCCCCAGUGACUGUGUUAUUUUGCCUGUGUGUUUUUGAUUUUUGUUCAUUUUCAUUCAAUACUUUUUGUUUGAUUGAUUGAUUUGUUUUAGUCCUGCACUUGGCUCCUCGUGUCUACACCUCUACAAAUCUGACAGCUAUUGCAUUGUAUGUGUUAAUCAAUCAUCUUUUUUAAGUCCGGAGGUUAUUUUCUGUGUUUCUUGUUAUCGCUAGAAAUGAAAUGUUGUCCUCUGGAGAAUCUGAGUUGAGAAUGCUACUUUUUAAAAGGAAAUUUGGGAUAUGGGAUAGAGAACCAGUGGUGUUAGGUAUGUUUUGGACCUACCAAGAGAUUGAGUGGACGCCUGCCACCUCUCAGGUGUCAAAACGGCUUUUUUUUUUUCUUUUCUCCAGGACAGAACAAACUUACACUUCUUCUUGCAACAGGCAAAAUCCAGUACCAACCAACCAUUAGAAAUAUAGUGGCCAGACGUCCAGUGGUUAAAUAUUUGUGUGUGACGUUGCAGAGAAAUUAUAGCAGCUUGGUGGGCUCCGGGUACCAUUGGCUGCAGAGUGUCCACCCAUCCUUUUUAGAGAACCUCUUAAGCUGCUGCUGAGUAAGACGCGGCGAAGGGAGAAGAGCUUCUCUGGGCGUUCUGUACCUGCUCAACAUGCAUAAAGCUGUAUCGUGCGUAACUGACCGGUGUGCAGUUUUAACACGACAGUUCAACUGUUUACCCAGUGUGGCCAGAUUUCACCUGGGAAGUGGCGCAGUAUGUCAGAAAUCAGCCCUCAAACACCAGACCGCCGACCUCCCAGAGAUGCCGCCGUGCAAUUUCAAACCGGAGGAGUACAAGGGUAUAUCCAAAGAGCGCAUGAUGGAGAUCCGCAGGCAAAACUGUAACCCCAUGACCAUGAAGAUUACUUACUACAAGAGGCCCGUGUUCAUAGACCAGGGAUACAUGCAGUGGCUAUGGGAUGUGGAUGGGAGGCGGUAUCUGGAUUUAUUUGCCGGCGUGUGUACCGUCAGUGUGGGCCACUGCCACCCAAAAGUAACGGCAGCAGCGGAGAAGCAGUUGAGGAAACUGUGGCACACGACCAACAUCUACGUCAAUUCACCGUUCCAUGAGUAUUGCGAGAAGCUGACCUCCCACUUACCAGAUCCCCUCAAGGUUGUGUAUCUGACCAACAGCGGCUCCGAGGCCAAUGACCUGGCGAUGUUGAUGGCUCGGCUCCACACAGGCAACUUUGAUAUAAUCACAUUCAGAGGGUCUUACCACGGCGGCAGCCCACACACCAUGGGCCUUACCUCCAACUCAUCAUACAGAUACCCCGUCGCCACGAGCUCAGGAUGCACAAAUACCAUGUGUCCCGAUGUGUUCAGAGGCCCGUGGGGAGGAAGCCACUGCAGGGACUCUCCUGUGCAAACAAUCAGAGAGUGUAGCUGCUCCCGAGGUCAGUGCGCGGCAAAUGAAAAAUACAUCGAACAGCUGAAGGAGACGUUCGCCACCAGCGUCCCGAGCAGGAUCGCCGGUCUCUUCGGCGAGCCUAUUCAGGGAAUGGGAGGAGCCGUGCAGUACCCCAAAAACUACCUCAAGGAGGCUUACAAACUUGUAAGAGAGAGAGGAGGAAUCUGCGUCGCUGAUGAGGUCCAGACUGGAUUUGGACGAACAGGAACCCACUUCUGGGGUUUUCAGGGGCACGACGUCGUUCCCGACAUGGUCACAAUGGCGAAGGGCAUCGGCAACGGGUUCCCAAUGGGAGCUGUUGUUACAACACCAGAGAUUGCCGCCUCCUUUGUGAAAGCCUUCCACUUCAACACCUUCGGAGGAAACCCUCUAGCCUGCGCUGUGGCGUCAUCGGUGCUUGAUACGAUCAGAGAGGACGACACUCAGCAGAACAGCCUCCGCGUGGGCACGUAUCUGAUGGAAGAACUGGCAAAACUCAGGGACAAGUACGAGAUCGUCGGCGAUGUCCGCGGAAAGGGUCUGCAGGUCGGCGUGGAAAUGGUCAGAGACAAGGCCAGCAGAGACCCGCUGUCUCCCGAGGCUAUGAGUGGGAUCUUUGAGGACAUUAAGGACAUGGGAGUCCUGAUAGGGAAAGGAGGAGUAUACGGACAGACCUUCCGCAUACAACCUCCCAUGUGCAUCACGAUGGAAGACGUCGAUUUCUUCCUGGCGGUUUUUAACAAAGCCAUCCUGGGCUACAUGAACAAAGAAUGAGCAGGUCAGAGAUGUAACUCGCCAUCAUCAAGGACUCAACCUGAAAACUCUGAUGCUGAUUUUUUAUGUUUUUUUUUUUUAAAUGAUGCCAAUAUACCUCAUAAUCAUGUCCAAUCAAUAAACCGCUCGUUUAAUGAGGACGAAUACGCAUCAGCGAGGUCAGUCUGCGCCCUGGCACAUGUAUAUAUCUGUUAACACAUUGUUUGAUGAAGUUACUAUUGCUGCUUUUCCAGAUUUAAUGAUGAAAUGUGUACUGAGUCGCUGAUAAAAUAAAUUGAAAAAACCUCUCGUGCAAAGCGUGGGUGUGUGUUUUCUUCGGGGAGGCAUUAGAGAAAUGAUUCCAGGGUUGAAUAAAUACCAACAUGUAGCAUCACCUUUAUUAGUAACACUACUACAGAGCUCUUUGAGACAAACGACAAAAUGAACUGUGAAACACACACGUGGUAGUGAGGAUAAAUGUAUCCUGUUUUUGGGUCAUU